GAGAAUGAUGAAAUUAUUAGGAGGAUUCUUCAUGCAAUUUGGAAAUGACCACAGUAAUACUCUUAGAAAGCAAGGAAAUUUGAAACAGUUCCUAGCAUCCGAGCAUUUUUACCCUAUUACAUAACGUACUUCUGUGUACAAAAUUAAUUGUGGAUUAGGGGAUCGUCAUAGAAAAUUACAGUAAAAGAAGCUUUCCUCAAGCGCGUGGUACUUUUUUGUCAAGUUGCACGUUUAAAGUACUGAGCAAUAAACAGAAGUGAUCAACUUAAUAUGUGUUGCAAUAUAAAUAUAGAGAACUGAAAUGAAAAAUUAUCUUUUGAAGGUUCUUAGCUACAACGUAACAAACAACAGACCGCACCAUCUUAUUAGCACUACAGUAGAUCAUGGGUUUUAACGAUCGGUUCAACGAAGACGACGCCAUGGACCUAGUGGAAUCCACGAUGUUGAGCGAUGGGAGAACGAGAACGAAAAGCCGCAAAGUGUAUGCUGGUGACGAUGCAGUUGUAGCUUCUGCUCCCACUAUAAGAGAUACGCGUCAAAAUUCACAGCAUGAUCAAUUAGAUCACGGAGAAACCGAUGAUCUCGACUAUGGUGACGGUCCUAGUAGCGCUUUUAAUGAAGGCUUGACAGUGUUUCGUCUGAAUGACCAUGACAUCGAAAAACAUAAAAGGAGAUUGGAAGCUCUUGAUGAAAACUGGUCCGAGGUCUUUAAGGUGCUACCGAAAGACUAUGUAAAGUGCAGGGGAAGUAGCGACUAUAGUCUGGCCGAUACGACUCCGUUUUUCGACGCGCGCUGCACUACAUGCGAUAAAACAAAGGAACGGGAGAUCUUUGCGUUUUCAUUACCGGUAACGCAUUACGUUGCAUUAAUAAUUACCAAACAUACUGUGAUAUGGACAACUGCUAAAACAUUCCUAUAA